AAGGCACUAUGUGUCAAAUGCAAGGAUUUUUAUUGUACUUUUCAUAUUUAUUCUUGUAUCUAGUGCUCGGAGAAUUACCUACACCAGGAAAUGUGACCAUCGAUUCCGUCAACCUGAAACAUAUUCUCAAGUGGAAUUCCAUUCCUUUUCAUGAUGAACGUGUGACUUACUCUGUACAGUACCAAGGGCUAUUCGAGAGACGUAAUGACCAAAACUGGACCGAGGCAGAGAACUGUACAAACAUCACCGAAACAGAAUGCAAUUUGUUAGAAUAUUUAGCCUUCAUUGCGACAUACUUCAUAAGAGUCAGAGCUGAACGUGGAAACCAAACUUCUGAAUGGAUUGAAGCAAACGCUUUCUCUCCAUAUAGAGACUCCGUGAUUGGGCCAGCCAUGGUGCAGGUGGAAUCUCUCUUAGGUCAACUGCAAGUCAGCGUUUUCGACCCUGUGACAGAAGAAGGAACGUCCAUGCAAAUGAUGUAUCCUGAUUUGGCUUACUGGGUAUUUUAUUGGAAAGACACAGAAGAUACCAAGGUUUAUAAUAAAUCUUUUACUGGAGUAACAGUUCUAUCAGAACUCCAGCCUUGGACUACCUACUGCUUGAGAGUGCAAUCUUACAUCAAAAACCCUUUUCGCCUUGGGCAAAGCAGUUCUAUUCUUUGUAACCAGACCUCUGCAAAUGCCAAAACAAGAGCUCUGAAAGCGGCCAGCUUUCUUUUUGUCUCGUUGUUUUCUGUCCUGCUGGUGACUGUGGGGUGCUUUGCCUUUCUAUUCUUCGUGCACAGGACCAUCAAACGCAUCAUGUAUCCGUCCUACAGUUUCCCUUCACACAUACGAGAAUACUUGACUGAGCCAUCUCAACAGUCCAUAUUUGCAGCACUGGACAAGGAAGAAUUGCACGAAGAUCACUGGGACAAACUCUCAAUUGUAUCUCGAUCAGAAAUAACCACAGUGCUCAUAGUCACAAAGCUAGAUCACAAAUCAUUUUCAAACACAGCUGAUACCCAACCUGAAGGGAAUACAGAGGAGGAUCUGGACAGCAAUCAGUCCAGCGUAGAUUCUGGACAUUUCUCCAGUGGUACGGACACCUCUUUCCAGAAAAAUUCACAGAUCCAUGAGAAUAUAAUCAAGAGAUAGAAACAAUGGGAGGAAAUGGAAUUUGAUGAAUUCGCUUUACGUUCCUCUCUUAACCUGACUGCUUUUUGUUGUACACGUAUAGGGCUGUAAGUACAUCAAAGAAAAGCAACUGGUUACUGUGUUUUUUUCACCGCUUGUAUUGGCCAGAAAAGUUAAUGGUUGUUCAUAGUCCAAAAUAGCAGGAAUGCAAAACCAUUGGACUAAUCUUCAAUUUUUAAAUAUUUCAAAAUGUUUAUUUGUGUGAAAUACGGGGACUUGUUGAACGCGCGGCCAAAGCGUUUGUGAAGUCUUUUGACUUUUGAGUCCUGUAGUUCAGUGGUUAGAGCACUCGUCUCG